UUGCCCCAUUUUCGACCCGGAUGAAACGAGAAUCGACAUAAACUAACAAGGCAGCCUGCUGGUCUAGGCUUUCUCGUAGGCUAGUUCUUCUCCUUCGUUCCCUUGGACUUGGCAAAGCGUGCUCGGUUACACCCGGACCGGAAAGGGAAAAGAUUCGGGGUCAAACUUGUCACGAUCAACAUUUGUGAGAAAUCUGUUGAUUUGUUGUAGUUGUGUAGGUCAAAUUAGAUCAAAGUAACAAUAGUCAAACAUGUCUGGAGAGCAAAGAAUCAUACGAGUGGGAACUCGAAAAAGUCAGCUGGCCUUGAUCCAGACCAACUCCGUCAUUCAGAUGCUCAAAGCCCUGGAUCCAACAUUAAAAUUUGAAACCUUGCCUAUGACCACCACAGGAGACAGAAUUUUGGAUUCUGCGCUGUCUAAGAUUGGCGAAAAGUCUCUGUUCACCAAAGAAUUGGAAAAUGCUUUGCUAAAGAAUCAAGUGGACUUUGUUGUCCAUUCCCUGAAAGAUCUCCCGACAAUUUUGCCUGAGCAUCUAGUCAUUGGAUGUGUCUGCAAGAGGGACAACCCGUUUGACGCUGUGGUGAUGCACCCAAAACAUACAGGCAAGACCCUGAAGGAUUUACCACCAGGAAGUGUUAUUGGGACAAGCUCGCUCCGGAGGGCGGCACAGGUUCAGAGGCUUUACCCGCAGUACAAGAUUGAGAACAUUAGAGGAAAUCUAAACACAAGAUUCCAGAAGUUGGCGGAGCAGGACAUCUACGACGCUAUCAUCCUGGCAGUGGCUGGUCUGGAGAGGAUGGGUUGGCACCACUGUAUCUCUCAGAUUCUGUCGCCGGAGGAGUGCAUGUUCGCCGUAUCCCAGGGGGCUAUGGCCGUGGAGUGUCGCCAGGGAGACGAAGCCACGCUGGCACUGCUCAACAAGAUCCAUGACCACACCACCACCAUUUGCUGCGUGGCGGAGAGGGCCUAUCUCAAGCAGCUGGAAGGAGGCUGCAGUGUUCCCGUGUCCACAUUUACUGAAAUAAACGAGGACAAUCAGCUGCACAUCAGGGGAGGCGUGUUCAGCAUCGAUGGAAAAGAGUCUGUUGAGCACACAGUUAACACCCAUUUGGACUUCCCUCCUGUUGAUAUUCCCGAUGGACCUUCAUUUGUGGGACUUCAUUGCCAGACACCGUCGAAGAAGAACCAGUACACAUCAGCCUGGGCGGCGGGAGUCCAGCUGGCCGAAGAAAUGAUCAAGAACGGAGCAGACUCCAUCCUGGCUGUGGCGAAAGCUGCCACAAAGCAUCAGAUUAUGGAGGAGCAUGAGAGGAUGAAGCUGGAGAAACAGCUGAAGCAACAGCAGCAACUGCAACAGCAGCUGUCUGGAAGUGAGGCUGGAGCAUCGUCGUCAUCAGCACACAGUAGUCAGAUGUCGGCCAGAUGAACUUUUGACCUAUCGCCAUGACCUGUGCCAAAAACAAAUUUUGAGUUAUUUUGAAUCAAAACAUUAUUUUAUUUCUUAAAGGGGGAGGAACCUGUAAUUUCAGCUGGGCAGGAUUAACUUUCAGUGACUGGAAAUAAAACUUAAACGUCAAGUUACUUUUUGAUGAUUUCAAGUCUGGCAUGACAUGAACAUUUUCAAUGAGACAAAUUCACUGCUUUUACCUAAUAAAUGAAAUUUUGUGGAUUGGGUGGGGGGGAGGUAAAUUGUUUGUCGCACAUGUUAUGUCAAGAUUCCUGGUGCAUUUCUAGGUUUUUGCAGGCGUUACACAUCCCUGAUCUCAGGGUAGAUAUAAUUGCGCUGCUAGUCAUCUCGUGUUUUAAAAAAAAAAAGACUCAGCAAAUAAGGGAAAUGCACUCAUUUAUAAACUGAGAAAUUUUUUGGUGGUUUUUUUUGCUGUGUUUAAAGAGUUGUUUGGUCUACAAAUCAUGUAGUUGGUCAUAUGCUAAAAUACAUUGUUGCAACUGAUUCAUCUGAUAAGACUUAAAAGUAUAAGGGAGUGUGAAUAAUCACUUUAGGAGUUCUCUUGGCACAACAAAUGCCAUAUGAAUUAUUGAUGCCUUUUUGUUCUUUAGGAAGUAGUGAAGGUUGUUAUUUUAUAACUGAUUUUUUCUUAUGAAGGGUUUUUUUUUCGUUUUUUUUAUAAUUCAGAAACAUUCUGUUCUUUUGAAGGUAACGAAGUUCAUUUUGUAAUGAGAAACCUUGGGCUUUGGAAGUUUGUAAUGUUAAUUUUCUCCUUGGACUCUCUUCAUCUUUUGGAGCUUGGUGUGUGACAGUUAGUAAGUCUAUGAUAGUCUGUCUUAUUUACUUGUGAGGCGAUGUUGCAAGUGUUGAAGAGUGCGAAUUGUGUAAAGUUCUUGUAGCCCAGACAUUGGCUGAGUUUUUCUGAACCUGACAAUAAUAUUAAAUACUCGAAUGAAAUCUAGCACUUAGUGAAGAAAACAUACAAUGUAGGUGCAGAUUUUCUGAAAAUGGCUGAUGCAUACAUUUGGUUCCUUUAUACGAUGUUCAACAGUUCUCAUGAAAUCUCUUUGAACUUUGGCGAAAAAAUGUCCCUUCUUCAUGGACCUCUUUAGUAGAUUUUUUUUACCCAAGAUGCAAAGUAGCUAAAUUGGUAAAAAUUAAGUCGUAUAUUGUGGAGGAUAAUACUUAUCUCCCGUCUUUCUGGUGGGAUAUUGUAAUAUUUCUCUCAGCCCAGAUUGGCCCUGACAAGCAGGGUCAGUCAGAAGCCGGCUUCCUAAAUAGUCUAAAUUGUGUCCGUGGGGGUGUAAAAAAAAAGGAACCUGUAUUCAAUACCUCUAGGUCUGUGCGAAGUAUGUAGACUUUCCGUGUAUAUGUGGAUGAUUUGAGAGUGCCAUUGAUAGGUCUUCAUCCUUAACAAUCCAUCUUUUAUGUCUUCUUCCUAGCAUUUAGCUGCUCUUAUCAUAUCAGUGUGCUUCAAUGUACAUUCAGGCUAUUUUUUGUUAACGUCAGUUUUUAAUAAAGUCUAUUAUUUCAAGUUCGGGCAUUAACUUUGUGCAUGAUGGUUCGUCUGUUUGUUUUGAGCAUUAGUGCUCCACGUUGCAGUUAUAUUCCUUUUUACGAAGUUUAUAUACUUGUUGUUGCAGGCUGUUCAAUGCUGUGAUGGUAACUGUGAGUGUGAUGUAAGCACUUCUCUAACCAGACCUGAACAUGCACAAUAUAAGUCGUACUUUGAUGACUAAGAUUCGUCUAAAAAAGGGGGAAAAAAUCCCUUCGAAAUAGUUUACUUGUUUUCUUUUCCAGUUUUAUAGUUUUUAAUUCAUAAAUUUAAAUAUUCUGGUUGUUUUGAAUUGUAUUAAAUAUACACACAUACAAAUAAAAAGUGUAAAGGAUACCAAAGUUUAGCAAUUUUCUGUCUUCACAAUUCUAUUGUCAGGAUUUUGUAAGUGUUAAAACUGUUCAUUGAUUUGGCUCUCCUGGAUUCAAUGUUAUUUUUUAAAAAAGUUCAUCUCAUUAUGUUAUUUAUUUUCAUGUCAAAGUGUUUUUUUAUAUUCUGCUUAUAGGUUAAUGGGCUUGCCAUCAUUUUAUGGAUCUUUGAAGCUAAUUUGCCCUUCUUUUUCAGCAGUUUUGUUAUUUUUCUUUGGAUGAAGCUGAAUCAUGACAGUUUAGUUUUACCAAAUGUUUUUGAGUUAUAAGAUCUGCAGUCGUUUAUUUUAACUUGUUCGUAUUGUUAUUAUUAUUAAUCUAUUCAAUUUGAUAAAUGGGGACAUUGGGAAGAGUGCAUAAAUUUGCUCUCCUGAUGUUGCCACUUGUUCUUGUUGGCAUUUUUUAUGAUUAUUAUAUUAGUUAAUUCAUUCUAAAAAGUGAGAACAAGGAUUUAAAAAAAAAAUGCAAGCAGAUGUAUGCUUAAAUGUAUACCAGGUUGCUGCCCCAGCCUAGGAGUCCUGAACUUGUGUACUGUGGUGGGUGUACUCUGACUGGAUGAGGAAAUGAUGAAAAGACAGAUUGUUGUUUUAGACUAUGAAGUAUAAUAUAGCUAUAUCUCUGCUAGUUGAACCAACAAUUUAACCUACUGAAGAUUUUACCUUUUUUUUUUUCUGUUCCAGUGUUUACAUCUCUAGUUGGUUACUUUUUUUAAAGCUGAUGUAUGAAAUAAAUAAUUAAAGGUUCUGCAUGAUAAUGUAAGGAAAAUGUAAGAUUGCCUCUAUGUUAUUAUCCCUUCUUUCAAAUGAAACCUAUUUAGAUAGGAUUUUGAUGAGAAGCAAACUUUUAAACAAAGGUUAGACAGUGUGGACUCAGUGGUAAAAUGUAAACAUAAUUUAAUAAGCUUCCUGCAUAUAUGCGUGGCUAUGUUUGAGUAAAAUGAGAGGGCUUGGUAUGCUUGUGUGGACAAAUAGAAAACUGAAGAUGUAGGUGCUUGCUUUGAUCAAAUUGUUUGUGAUGAGGGGUAAUGGUUUGUAGUGUAGCCAUGGGCUGUUCAUAUGCAAGACAUUUGAAGAUACAGGUGUGCUUUUUCAGCGGUUUGAGUCACUUAGUUGAAUUACUGAAUGGGUUCUGACAAAUAUACUUAAUAUAAUUUUUUUUUUCAACAUUCUCUUGCUGCACACUGUUUCAUCAGCCAAUACAUUACGCUUAUAUGUGCUAGAAUAGUAGGGCUUGGAAAGAAUUACAGAGCUACACUUAUUCUAUUCUUGGGUAAGCUUAUGAGAUAUGAUUUAUGAUGGGUGCUUUAUUCUGCGUAUUAUUUAAUUUUCAGUUGUGAAAUGUAAUUCUCGAAAAGUUAACGCUCUUGAAAAGUGUAAUUUUACCAUGCAUCAUGGGGAAUCUUAUGGAAUGACGUAUGAUUUAAGAUUAUGGUGUAUUCAUUUUUCCUAUGAUUUAAUUUUCAAUUUCUGAAAUGUGAGUUAUUCUGGAAAAAGAUAGUUGCUCAGAAGAAGCGUAAUUCUACCAUUCAUGAUGAAAGUAAAAGAGUGUUUAAGGCUGGUGUGGAUUCUGUUGUGCUACUUUUUUUGUUUGCCCAUUGUUGUAAGCUCAGUUUGUUGUGCAUCAGGCUUUGGUGCGUUGAGUUGUGAGUUGAAUGAGGUCUGUUAUCUGUUCUCAAAAUGUUGUUGAAAUUAGUAGUAUCCUUUUUGAAUGUGAAACAUUUGACUGCAAUGCUUACUAUUAAGCUUGUUAUUCAUCUGAGAUGUCCUUGUCCAUUGGUCUGAAAUGGUCUAUGUUUUCACCUGUUAAAAGAGGCAGUGAAGGCGGAGUUAAAAAGUUGUUUUAUUUAUUGAGUUACUGUUGGUAAGUACCAUUUUUGGUGAGUCUUUCAAUGCUGGAUGGUUUUAUACAGUGGGUCCGCUUAAACCAAACACGGUUACGAAAACAGUGGUAAACCUUAAGAAAAUAAAAUCUGUAAUGUGUUUUUUUCUUUUUGAGCAACCUCUCUAAACCAAAAAAUUGACUGCACAGAAGAAAAAAACCCAGUGGUCGAGUAGAUAUUUCUUUUUAAGCAGGCUUCCCUUUACUUGUAUUGUGGAAAUUGUGUUUGUACUACUUGUACUGUCAAAAAGAUAUGUGUAUUUUGUACAUACUUAAAGAUAGAAUUGUGGAUUCUAUUGCUAAUUUGUGUUUAUGGUAUAUCUUUUCCCAUAGAGCGUCAUGUUCUUCUAAGCAUUUUCCAGAGAAUUGAAAAUUUGGCUGACAAAAGAAUGGUAUAUAUUUAUUUUCUUCUGUGAUUUGUGAGCAGAAUGCCUACUGGCACAAUACGGGCUUUUCUGUGUAAUGGUUAGGCUCUGCCAGGUGAAAGUUUGAUUCCCAAGUGGUGCAGACAUUUUAUAGUAUUCCUUUAUCUUUUUGUUCCAAUAACUAUUUCCUAUGCUGUACGGUUUGUCCUCAACAUGCAGGGUUAAAGUAGUCAAUUUCCGCUGUGAUCUAAAUUGUAUGAAUUUGGUGAUUUAAAAAAACAGUGAAGAUUUCAAAAUCAAAUCAACUAGAACAGGCCUGUAGCACAGUCUUGUACGGACUUCUUUACUAUGUCACUUCGGGGAAGCUCAAAUGAAAAUAUACUUGAGGUAUUGAUUGGGAAUGUUGGUAAGGGUGGGAUAAAUUAACUGACAUUUUUAAAGUCCCCACAUGUUUCAAACUCAUGUCUUAGUCUUAGUUUUUAGUUCACUGGGCUGUGGUGUGAAGGUCCUUUUUUAGGAAAAGUCCUGUAAUUGUUUGUUUUUUCUUCCCCUAUUUUACUUUUUGCAUAUUGUUCAAUCCUACUCAGAAAUUAUUUUUUUUAAAUUUAAAGGUGUUCUUUUUGUUUCUUCUGGUCAUUAUUGUCCUUUUUCCUGUAGAAAGUGACAACUUUGUUUUCUUCAUUUAAAAUUAGAUGAAAUACAUUUUUUAAGCGUUAAAGUGAUGUACAGUGUGUAAUGAUAAGCAGAACCUAUCUGUUUUGUUUGGAUAUGUAUAUAUUUGAUUUGCUGGUGAUGGGAGUUGUGGAGUGGAAGACAGUAGAUUUGCCUGUGUAAAACAGAUGCCAUUUGGAUAUAGGCUAUGAGACAAAUUAAAUGGUUUGCAUCUGGGAUGUAAAAAGAUUCCCUUAAUCGUGUUGUUACUUCAGAUUUUUUUUAUAACCCUGAAUCGAUAAUAUCCACUGCAGAUUUACAGUUACAGACAGGUUAGUCAGUAAAAAAUGCACGGGUCAGAUUCAGCUAUGUCUGUUGCUGUGUUCGCCAAUAUUUGUGUUUUAGAUGACGUGCUAUGUUCAGAACAUCUCUUGAAUUUUUUUUUUCAUGUGAAUAUUCUUAUCUUCUUGCAGAAAUUGUUUUUACGAGUGCUCUAUUGUGAUUACAUUAUAGUGAUAGUUUUUGUUAUUUCAGUCAAGCAAAGGUGUGUGUGGUUAUUUAAGUGAUUAACCUUAAAUAUAGGUAGGCCUACCCAGGUUUGUAAAUCGAAUGCAGUGUCACAUAGGAUAACAAUAGCCAUGAUAGCGUUUAAAAAAUCUAGAAAUCAAAGCAGGUCAGGAAAUGUGAUUGCUGCAUAUCAUGUGAUAUUGUGUAUGUGUGUUUUCUGUAGAAAAGGUACCAAUGUGAUUCAGAGUGAUUGUUGUGUGAAUUUUGUUGCUUAGGAUUAGGAUAUGCAUGCUGAACGCUUGAGGUGAUUUAAAUUACAUUUGUUGAUGCAGCAUAGUGCAGCAAAUUAUGACAGAUAAAGAAAACGUAUUAGAAUCAAAAAACAUAA